AUGGGUCUCGGAAUACUGGAUGACCACCACCUCGACCAUGUCCCAGGCACAGCGUUGCUCGCUGAUAUGCUGGAUGCCCAGCAUCACCAGUUCCAUGGACGGGAUACAACUGGCUUGAAGCAUGGAACUGGACGCAACAAGGAUAUCGUCCUCGUUCCCCAACCUAGCGAGUCACCAAGAGAUCCCUUGAACUGGCCGACCUGGAAGAAAGACCUGCUGCUACUCAUAAUAUCCAUCGACACCGCCACGGUCGGCGCGUGGGGUCCUAUGAUCUCUCCCGGUUUUGCCCAGAUGGCAAAACAGUUCAAUAUGUCCUACAAUACUUUGAACGGCGGACUGGGCUGGGCCAUUUUUGCCAUUGGUAUAAGCUGCUUCGUAACGAAUGCACUCUCAGUUAAGUUUGGUCGACGCCCUGUCAUGAUGGGCGGAAACCUGUUGCUGUUCAUCUCUUCCGUCUGGGCCUAUUUUGCCCACAGCUAUCACUCUUUGCUCGCGAGCCGGAUAGUAGGCGCCAUUGGUAUGAGUCCAUUCGAAGUCCUCACCACGGCUAUUAUCGGCGACAUUUAUUUCGUCCAUGAACGAGGCCUGCGACUGGCUUUCUGGGGUCUUUGUCUGAGUAUUGGUGUCGGUGGAGGCAGCUGCAUCUCCGGAUACAUUAUUGAGGAUUUGGGGUGGAACUGGACCUAUGGUAUUUGUGCUUGCCUAUAUGGCGCCUUUAUUAUCCUCAUAUUCUUCUUCGUCCCCGAGACGGUCUACAAGCGGGAUCCUGCUUAUGACCUCGACCUGGGCACCACAGAUCACACCUUUGAGGCGUUGGAGGCCCGCGUAGAAGCGAAAAGUCACGAUCCCGAACAUCUCGAAGAGGCGAAGCCUGCGGUUCGAGUCCGGUCCCAUGUCGUCUACACCGGCGCUGACGAACGACCUUGGACAUUUUGGGAAGAGUUACGCCCGGUUCGUGGCGUGGAGUCGGAGGAGAACCUGCUGCGGAUUAUCUUUCGACCAUUUGGAAUGUUAUUGUUUCCCCAGGUGCUUUACGGCUUUCUUACGUACGGCCUGUCUACUUCGUGGCUUAUCGUCAUGAUCAGCGUUCUGGCCCAACUCUUUACUGGACCUCCCUACAAUUUCAGCGUUUCGGAUGUGGGCUUGAUCAGUAUUGCCGCUCUAGUUGCUUCGCUACUAGGGUUUGUGGCUGGACCCCUGAACGACUACACGGUGAAAAAGCUCGCUCGACUCAACAAUGGCAUUUACGAACCAGAAUUUCGACUUUUUCUCAAUAUUCUCACCCUCAUUCUCGGGAUUGUGGGAUUCUUUGGAUUCGGAGCCGCCUUGAGAGACGAAGCCCCGUGGCCAGGUCCGGUCAUUCUUUAUGGCGUCAUCUACUUUUCCAUGUCAUUUUUGAAUAUCGGUGUGUACGGCUACAUCACGGAAUGCCACAGGAACAAAGCCCCCGAGGCGUUUGCUUCCAUCAAUCUACGCAACAUUUACAGUUUCGGGCUGAAUUAUUUCAUUUCGGAUUGGUUGUCGUCGCAGCCGGUCAUGGAAGUCUUUUCCAUCAUUGGCGGCGUGCAUAUUUUCAUCUGCCUGCUUACCGUACCCAUGUGGAUUUUCGGGAAGCGCUGCCGAAGUUUCACCGCCCGAAAUCCGAUCUUGAAGAAAAUCCAAGAAUCAUGA